GGGGCGCGGCGCGGCACGCUCCCUCGGGGUCCCAGCGGGCGGGCACUCGGGCGGCCGCGGCGCGAUGGAGGCGCCGGCCGAGUUGCUGGCCGCGCUACCCGCGCUGGCCACCGCGCUGGCGCUGCUGCUUGCCUGGCUGCUGGUGAGGCGCGGGGCGGCCGCGAGCCCCGACACCCCGGAGCCCGCGCCCCCGGAGUCCACGACCCCGGCCGAGGCAAGCGGGACGCCCGCGCCGCUCGGCCCCUGCGCGGCGGAGCCGGCGGCCGCGCCCGAGGGGCCGGGGGAGCCCACGCCGCCGGACGAAUCCGCGCCGCCGGAAGAGUCCGCGGCGGCGCCGGCGGAGGCGGAGGAGCAGGCCGCCGAGGAGAGGCAGAGGAGCAGGAGCUGGAUGGCGUGGAGGGUCCACCCCUGGCAGGGCCUGAGGAAGAAGACGUUCCCCGACCAGGGAUCGAACCCGAAUCAGCGCCCCCUGCAGUGGAAGCGCGGAGUCUUAACCACUGGACCACCAGGGAAGUCCCUGCUUUGCUCUUUUGGCCUUUGCUUUUCCAUUUAUACAAUGCGGAGAGGCCUUCUCCUUCAAAUACAGCCCCGGGAAGCUGAGGGGAAACCAGUACAAGAAGAUGAUGACCAAGGAGGAACUGGAGGAGGAACAGAGAGUUCAGAAAGAACAGCUGGCUGCCAUCUUCAAGCUCAUGAAGGACAACAAGGAAACAUUUGGCGAGAUGUCAGAUGGCGAUGUGCAGGAGCAGCUCCGGCUCUACGACAUGUAGGGGCCUCCACCCGGCAAGACGCCGCGACGGCUGGGCCGUGACUCUACCCCGACCCGGGACCCAAGCCCGUGCCAUUCUCAGACUUUUGUAGGCUUCAUUUUAUCUUAUAUACAUAGAUGUAGAGGUAGAUCAUAUACAGAGUUGCUCAGUUCUUGCAAUUUAGAUAUCAUGUCACAGGAAUCAGGACUGUUGUCUUCAGAGAAGAAAAAUCCCUGACUUGUUUGGCUUCUGCCUGCUGGUGAGCUUCCAGCUGUCACAUGGGCUCCCCUCCGAGGCUGUCAUCUGAUCCAAAUUAGACCUUCCGUGCAGACCCUGAGCAGGCAGCGGCCCAGAAGGGCUGGCUCGAAGCCUCAGCAUCCCCAGCACAUGGUGUGGAAAGGAUUCAGGGGUGCUGUGGGAUGAGUAUCAGGUCCCACUGCCCAAGCAUCCAGUCUAAUAACACUAUACCUUCUUCUUCCUUAGAAGGAUUUCUGGACACUUCUGUAACUGUAUGGAAGCAAGCAGUAGGGGAGCAUCCCUAAAAAGCAAAAAGUCUGAUUCAAAGACUCACCUUUGAUCCUGGACCAAAGCAACAGUAUCAGAGUUAAGACCCUCUAAGUUUCUCUUAUUUAAGCGUGAGACUUACUUUAUAUAUAAUUAAGACUUCUAUGAGUGCUUAUCACACACCUAGACCUGUGCUAGACACUGUCAAUGGAAAUAAAAUACACAACACAGUCCUACCUUUAGAGAUUAAAGUUGUGUGGAGGGGAAUUCCCUGGCGGUCCAGUGGCUAGGACUCGGCGCUUUCACUGCUGAGGGUACGGGUUCAAUCCCUGGUUGGGGAACUAAGAAGCUGCAAGCCGUGGUGCGGCCAAAAAUAAAUAAAUACAUAAAAAUAAAGUCCUUUGGAGAAGCCAGGCAUGUGUACAGGAAAAGAGAACCUCACAAGUCAGCAUUCAAUAAAAUGCCAAAAUGACCUCACAGAGAGAGUCUGGGCCACCUUAGCACAUCAGUAAAGUUCAGUGAGUCAGUGAGUAAAUGACGACGGAAAUAACAGCGAUUCUUCCGUUCUGCCCAGGUCCUGUAUCUGAUCACCCCACUGGCAGAAAAAUUCGUAGCAAGCUGAAUUUAGGAGGGUACGCUAAAGGGACAACCUAAGAAAGUUCUUGAGAAUAUUUUUUAUUUGCUGAAAUAAAACUAAACACACGAAAUUAAAAGAAGCAGUGGCGUUUUACGUACCACAAUUUAAUAAUUAUCACGGGAUCACAGUGAACCUUCUUUCAUCCUCUCUUGCUUGUUAGGGUUUUUCCCAGGCCUCCCCCCACCCCCACAUCACUGUAACUGCUUUUGCUUCUUUGCUGACAAUCCAUAGCAGGAGGGUCUGAUCUGUGUGUCUGUUGUUAUAUCCAAAUGUCAGUUCUUUUUUUCUUUUUUUAAAAAAUAUUUUUAUCUUUUUUGUUACUGCUUUUUAAAAAUGUUAUGAUUUAAGUAUCGUUUGUUCCGUCUCUCAGGUCCCAAGGACCCCCCUGCGUUGUUUUUUA